UUUUAAUUUUUUUUUUCUAUUCAAUAAUUGCAGAACUUAUAGUGAUCCUUAGUUUUCUUUUAGAAUUAUGGAUGACUCGGUGUCUAUGGAAGGAUCUCAACAUGGCCAAGGCACGGAAUUUGUGCCUUUUCAAACAACUCAGGAAUCACUAGAAAAUCUAUUGCUACAUGGGCAUCUAGACAUUUGGGUGAAGGAGGCUAAAAAACUUCCUAACAUGGAUCAAAUUCAUAAAACCAUGUCCGGAUUAUUUGGGGGACGAUUAUCAAUGCUAAAAUCCCAUGGAACAAGUGAUCCAUAUGUUACAGUAUCCAUAGCUGGUGCAAUUAUAGCGCGAACUUUUGUUAUACCAGAUAACGAAAACCCAAUGUGGAUGCAACAUUUCUUUGUACCUGUGGCACAUACCGCACCAGAACUACAUUUUGUAGUUAAAGACGACGAUGUGGUAGGGUCUGAGAUCAUAGGAGCCGUCGGUAUUCCUACUAAGCAAUUGCUUUUAGGGGAGAAAAUAGAAGGGACUUUCCCUAUAAUGAAAGGAAAAGGUAAGCCUUGGGAAACUGGAGCUAAGUUAAGUGUUUCAAUUCAAUACACCCCUGUACAAAAAAUGAACUUGUACCACUUAGGUGUUGGUAACGGACCCGAAUAUAAUGGUGUUCCUAGGACAUAUUUUCCUCUAAGAAAAGGAAAUAAAGUUACACUAUACCAAGAUGCUCAUUAUGAAGAUGGUAUGCUUCCUGAUAUAAAGCUUGACUAUGACAAAGAUUUUGUUCAUGGGAAAUGUUGGCAUGAUGUAUUCAAUGCUAUUUCGAAUGCCCGGCAUUUGGUCUAUCUAACGGGGUGGUCAGUUGUUCACAAUGUUAGACUUGUUCGCGAUGAUCCAAACUUAUCUGGUGUUACAUUGGGAGAUCUUUUGAAAGGAAAAGCACAAGAGGGUGUUAGAGUUUUGGUCCUUGUGUGGGAUGAUCCUACUUCUAGGAAAUUUUUUCAUCGCACUACUGAAGGCAUGUUAGCAACCGAUGAUGAAGUGACUUACAAAUUCUUCAAGGGCUCAUCAGUUCACGUAGUACUAUGCCCACGAUCUGGUGGGAAAGGACAUAGUUUGAUUGGAAAGCAGGAAGCUGGAGCAAUCUACACUCAUCACCAAAAAACAGUUAUCGUAGAUGCUGAUGCAGGUGAACAUAAGCGAAAACUCAUUGCUUUUGUGGGAGGACUCGACCUAUGUAAGGGGCGUUAUGAUACCCCGGAGCACUCUUUGUUUAGAACGUUACAAACUGUACACGACGAUGAUUAUCAUAACCCCAAUAUUGCUGGUUCAAUGAAUGGAUGUCCUAGAGAGCCGUGGCAUGAUUUGCACUGUCAAAUCGACGGUCCAGCAGUAUACGACAUUUUAACCAACUUUCAAGAGCGUUGGUUAAAGGCUUCACCUCGCGGGAUUAAAAAGCUUAAAAGAGCUUAUGAUGAUCAUCUAAUUCACAUAGAUAAGGUUCCUAAUAUUAUUGGACAAUUAGAUGCUAAUCACACCUGCAACAACGAUGAUGAUGAUGAUAUGGAGUCUUGGCAUGUUCAAGUGUUUCGAUCGAUAGACUCUAAUUCUGUAAAAGGCUUUCCUAAGGAUCCUAAAGACGGACCACAAAUGAAUCUUUAUUGUGGGAAAAAUGUACUGAUAGACAUGAGCAUACAUACAGCAUACGUACAUGCAAUUCGAUCUGCCCAGCAUUUCAUCUACAUUGAGAAUCAAUAUUUCUUGGGCUCGUCAUUUAAUUGGGAUUCCCAUAAGGGCUUAGGUGCAAAUAACUUGAUACCUAUUGAGAUUGCACUUAAAAUUGCUGAAAAGAUAAAAGCAGAUGAAAGAUUUGUUGCAUAUAUUGUUCUUCCUAUGUGGCCAGAAGGUGAUCCAAAAAGUCUUGCCAUGCAAAGGAUUCUUUAUUGGCAAUACAAGACAAUGCAAAUGAUGUAUCAAAUAAUUUAUAAGGCGUUGGUAGAGAAAGGUUUAGAGAACAAUUACGAGCCUCAAGACUUCUUGAAUUUUUUUUGCUUGGGCAAUCGGGAGAUUUCAGAAGACAAUAGUGUGCCAAGCGGAAGUGUAAAUACUCCACAGGCAUUUUUAAAGAAGAAUCGACGAUUUAUGAUAUAUGUUCAUUCAAAAGGCAUGAUAGUGGAUGACGAGUAUGUGAUAAUGGGUUCUGCAAACAUCAACCAACGAUCAAUGGAAGGUACUCGAGACACUGAAAUUGCAAUGGGUGCUUAUCAACCUCACUAUACUUGGGCCUCAAGGAAUUCACGGCCACAUGGACAGAUUUAUGGAUAUCGAAUGUCACUUUGGUCAGAGCACCUAGGAACGAUUGAGGGUUGUUUUAUGCGUCCCGAGAGCCUUGAAUGUGUUAGACGAGUAAGAAUAUUAGGGGAACAAAAUUGGAUUCAAUUUUCAAUUGAUCAAGUCACAGAAAUGAAAGGACACCUUCUCAAGUACCCUUUGAAAGUUGAUAGAUGGGGCAGGGUUUGCCCUCUUCCUGGGUCUGAGAAAUUCCCAGAUUUAGGUGGCAAGGUUAUGGGCACAUUUUCAGGCAUUCAAGAAAAUCUUACCAUUUGAUUCAAAAUUCUAAUAGCAUUAAAUUUGUAGCUUACUUUUAGCAAU